UAAGAACCAGAAACGUCACUUCCUCUCCUAUGUGUCCACAUUGGUACGUGGUUAAAAACAGCUAGGACGCCACGUACACAUUAUGCAAAGAUAGGUCUUUAUAAGAAAAGUCUUGUCAGGUCGCAGAUCCAUUCUAAUUUUAGCGUGUGUCUUUCUAAAAAGCCGAAGAGAGCAGCAUAUUUUUCCUUUGAAACAAGCAAGGGGUGGAGACAGAACUUUCCAACUUCAUCUGCAGAAGUUUAGAGAAGCAAACUCAGUAAAAAUGAGUGAAACAAACCAACAACGGGAUGAGUUGCCUGCAUACUUGAAGGAUGAGCCUCCAGCAGAUACCAACAAAGACCACCCCCAACCCCAGCCUGGCAUGUUCUCCAGGGUGGCCGGUGGUCUGUUCAGUGUCACGAAGGGAGCCGUUGGGGCCACAGUGGGUGGAGUUGCCUGGGUUGGAGGGAAAAGCUUUGAUCUCACGAAAACUGCUGUUACCUCAGUUGCAGCUGUUCCAGCGAUGGGAGUGGGGCUCGUGAAGGGCAGCGUGUCCGCCGUGGCUGGUGGCGUUUCUGCUGUCGGCUCCGCCGUUGCCAGUAAAGUUCCCAUUGGUGGAGGCAAGAAGAAGGACAAGUCUGAUUGAAUCACGUGGCUCGAAGGUACUUUUGUCAGAGGCGUCUACAUCGUGUCUUCUUCUUUGACUCCAGAGGGAGUUGAUUGUGGAGUUCAUGCUUGUGUUACGAGCAUAUUUGGACUAUUUCCGUUUACCUGAACGGACCAACAAGAUGACAUUCGCAAGCCAUGUGGCCUUCAUCUGCUCCACGCAAGAACCUUUGUUUUUGUGUUCUAUAAGAAUAUGACAUUAAGUGUGUGUUGUAUACAGAGUCAAACUGUUUAUGUAUGAAGUAUUAAAUAUCUGACCAGAGGUGGAUAUGUGGACCUCUAAAUGUUCCGUUUAUGCUUUACUGAGCACACACUUGUGUCUGACUGUACACGCAAGAAUCACAUGUUUUAAACACACCUUACAGUUGAAUUGCUCCAAGCUUGUUGAAGGGAUGAAGAUCAAUGAAGUGUCCCUCUAGGUGCUGUGGGGGAAAUCUCAGACUGUGGGGUGCUGAUGGUGGCGCUCCAUCCAUCUGAUUGAUUGUUUGUGAGAUUACUUACUUUGUGCCUCUGGGUUCAGUGCUGUACUCCAACGAUCGCUCUCUGUGUCCCCCCGAAAAACAGAGAAACCACAAACUCACACACAUAAAUAUAUAUACCUAUAUAGUCCCACGUUAAGGGCUUGUGUGUUUAGAUUUUGUCAAACGACUCCAAAAUUACAAUUGUGAGCCAUAAAUCUGAAGGCUGAUAGUACUGCAUUUUUUUUCUUUCUUUUUUUUUUUUUUUUUUAGGGAAAUGUGCAUGACAAUCUCCGCCAAGACACAAGUCUUUCUGUUUUGAUGACUAUAGCUGUAUUCCAAUACCUAGUGACAUUAUCUUUCUCAUUUUUGUGUGUCAUUCCAUCUGUCCUUUCACUUAUUUUGUUCUGUUUGCUCUUUUAACUCUUUAAUGUGAAUUUUUUUUUGAUGUUUUGUUUUAUGGGCCAACAAAGAACCACAUGAGGUGGCAAAGUAUAAUACAGUAUUUUCUUCUGUUAAGUAUUUGUUUUCCCUUCACCAAAGAUUACGAUUGGAAGAAGAGUUCAGUGUAUUUGAGGAUUUUCUUAUUUUUGUUAAUGUUGCUAUGCAGUAUACUUUAUGGUAUUCAGUGUACUCUUUCAUUUUAGAUAGAUAGUUAUCAAAUGUAUAUUAAUGUUUUGUUGUUGUUUGAUUUGAGACAAUCCAUAUUUCAGUGUAAUGUGAAUUCAAAGGACUUAAAUAAAGAAACUUCACCGUU